AUAUUAUUUAUUUGUUCACAGAAUGCAGACUGCAUCAAUUCUCUCCAUGAAGGACCUUGUUGUGUCUCACAGCCGACUUGAAGGCUGUGAUCUGGCAUUAAUAAAGACGUCCCAGGGACUGUACCUGAAGUGGCAGUCACAUGGAGGUGAAGGGAAAGCAAGUAGCACAGCAGGUGCUUUCUUGACAGACGGCAAGACAUGCGGAAAUCUAUACCCUGUCAGAUUAAAUGAUAAAGUGGAGAAAGCAGUAUUUGGUACCAGUGACAGCAGCACCAGUGCACAGAGAGGACCUAAACAUGCUUUGGUUAUGUGUGAUACAGGACUCAUUGUCGGUGUCAGAGCAAGGGAGCCUGGUGUGGUUUUCUCCUUGUGCCAUAUUGCAGAGCCACCAGUAUGGUGUGGUACUUUGAAGGCUGGAGAUACUAUGCUACUUGCUGUUGUUGGCAAAAGUGGAACAGUCUACACUGGUCAAGCAAAUGGAUCAUCAGAAAUUUCAUGGUUUACCAAAUCCCUCCCAAAUAUGGUGCUGAGUUGUUGUGCCUAUAAUGAUGCAUUUGUUCUCUGUGAUGGAUUCAGCUCUUGGAUAUGCCAUCUCUCUCUUGAUUCAAGACAGCUUCCAGAGUUUAGACUUCGUAAACUACCAUAUGUGGGCAUCAUUAGAAUUAUGGAAAGGGAUAAGGACACCGUGGAAUUGGUAACAUGUGACGGACGAAAAUAUAAUGUCACUUGGAGUUCACUGAUUUCCAAGAGCAAAGAAGAGGCAAAAAGUGAUACAAAAUUGAAAAAUGACAGUGCCCCAUCAACCAUCAAGGAAACUAUGAUGGGGAUCAAGAAAUGUUCUGAGAGAAUGGAAGUGGAAGGUAAACAUAUUCACAAUCUAAAUCUCUACAUAAAACAGUUGAAUAUAUUAUCAUUCCUUUUAACUGAUUCAAAAGAAUGUAUGUUUUCAGCAAGUGUUAGAGUUGAGCAACAAACUCUCGGGCAGGUGGUAUCUUACAGUGCUUUGAUUGAAUUUACAAACAAGAAAGUUGGAUAUGAAUUAGAGGGUAAAUGGUGGGCACUGUGUGUCUCUGUUCCAACACUUAAUGGCAGGCAUUAUGAGUUAGUCAGACUUGAUAGUCACUCUUUCACACCAAACUGUAUUAUUACAGUUCCUUUGCGUGAAGUGGAUUGGAAUCAAAAUGUCAAGACUGUUACGAUGAAGUGUUACCUUGUAUUAGAUCAUUUUGAUAUGUCUCGUCCUCUCUGCCAAGUACCAGUCUGUGAAGCAGAGGUUGAUAUACUACAUUUCCUUACUACUCAUCGGGUACUGAAUAAAGGAAUCUUAACCUCCCCAGGCUUUACUGAAUCUAUUGAGAAGUUGUCAAAAGGAAGACAAAGUAAUCCAGCUGAAAGUAUACAAAGCAAAGUAUCUUCUCUGCCUUGUAAAGUGGCCACUUCCUUUACCUCUGAUGAGAGAAAUGUCUCUUUAAUCAAGAACAUAUUCAGUACACUUGGUUGUACAAUUUCCCUCAGCCCUAAAACAGAGCAAGUGAGGCUUUGGUACCACGAGCUACCACUUGAUAUGUACCUGAGUCAGCAAAGUGGUAAGAUAUUAGUAACUUUUGAGGGAACAAAGGCUUCUUUGGUUUUGUCUGCAAAAUUAGCAGUAGAGAGCAGAGUAGUAAAGCAGAGAUCAUUUUAUAUUAAAUUAAAAUUACCACCAUCAGUUCUUAGACAGGCUAGGCAGUCACACAGAAUUUUGCAAUUUGAGUCUUGCAAGGCUGUUACCCCUACAGCUGUCAUUCAUCUGCAUCAUAUUACUACAAAUGUAAUGUCACUAUUGCCAUUAUAACUGGUAAAAAAAGACUUAUUAUUUAAUUUGAUUGUUGAUUAUGUACCAAAAAAUUACCUUCCAAAUACAAAUGAAAAAUCUGUGAUUAAAGUUUUUGAUAUGU